AUUCUCGCGAAUAUACGUCGCGCGCAGCUCAGUAGCAUUGUAUUUUGUGUAUGAAAAUUAAUUUGAAAUUAUAUUGCAACGUUGCAAUAUAUUAUUGUAAACAAUCGGCUACAUGUAGAGCAUUGUUGCAAAAGCGGCGCGGUUAUAUAUAUAUAUUUAAAAUAAAUAGUUGCGCCGCCUGUGUCUGUGUAUAUAUGUAAAUAUAUGUUGGUGUGUAUGUGAGGUAGGAUAACUGCACAUUAAUAAUUGCGCAGCGAAUUUAAACGGAAACAAACAGUUACUGCGAAUAUCAACAGAAGACGGAAUUGAAACAAACAACAUGGCUCGCGACACACAAGGCACACAGGCCACCCAGAGCCAAGCGUCCAACAUUUGGACGCAGGUAGAGAGCCAGCCAAUGGAAAAGAUUGUUUGGGGCCGGCUCUAUGGCAAAAAUAUUAAAAUCAAGUCUCUUGACUUGAACAACGACGAAUUUUCGGCUGGACGUGGCGAACUAAAUGAUUUAAUACUGACGCUCAAUGAUUUGCCUGAGAAAAUCCUAUCGCGCAUAUCCAAGGUGCAUUUUGUCAUAAAGCGCGCCAACUGUGAGCUGACAAAUCCGGUCUACAUACAGGAUCUCUCACGCAACGGAACAUUUGUGAAUGGCGAAAAGAUUGGGACGAACAAAACGCGCAUUUUACAAAACGACGACAUCAUCGCUCUUUCUCAUCCCACCUAUAAAGCUUUUGUCUUCAAGGAUCUUAGCCCGAACGAAGCAAUUGGCCUGCCUCCUGAAAUCACGGCCACCUAUUAUAUAAAUCGUAAACUGGGUUCAGGUGCCUAUGGAUUGGUGAGGCUCGUCUAUGAUCGUCGCACCUGCGAGCAGUUCGCCAUGAAAAUUGUAAAGAAAAAUAUGCUGGAAGUGAGCGCACAUCCGAACAAUAAUCUUAACGAUCCGGAGCGUGUGCUCAAUGAGGCAAAGAUCAUGAAAAAUCUGUCGCAUCCGUGCGUGGUGCGCAUGCACGAUAUUGUCGACAAACCGGACUCUGUUUAUAUGGUCCUGGAAUUUAUGCGCGGCGGCGAUCUGCUUAAUCGCAUCAUUAGCAAGAAGCUGCUCAACGAGAAUACAUCCAAAUUGUAUUUCUAUCAAAUGUGCCAUGCCGUCAAGUACCUACAUGACAGAGGCAUCACACAUCGCGACCUGAAACCGGACAAUGUGCUGCUUGAAUCCAGCGAUGAGGAUACUUUACUCAAAGUAUCCGAUUUUGGAUUAAGCAAAUUUGUGCACAAGGAUUCAGUGAUGCGUACGCUAUGCGGCACCCCUCUUUAUGUAGCGCCCGAGGUGCUAAUCACAGGAGGACGUGCAUCCUAUACUCAAAAAGUGGACAUUUGGAGUCUUGGCGUGGUACUCUAUACAUGUCUUAGUGGAACCUUACCCUUUUCGGAUGAGUAUGGCUCACCGGCGGGCGAGCAGAUCAAGAAGGGCAGUUUCCGUUUUCGCCAUCCCGCCUGGCAAGGCAUCUCGCAGCGUGCCAAGUUGUUGAUCAAACAGAUGCUCAUUGUGGAUCCCGAGAAGCGACCCUCAAUCGAUGCCGUGCUCAAAAGCACCUGGCUAAGGGAUACAACGAUGCUGCACAAGGCGAAGCAAAUGAUGAAAUUGGAUCAAAUGGAGAUCGAGGAGGAAGAGAACAAUUUCCUUGAGCCGCCAACCAAACGGCGACGGCAUUAGAAACGCGUGCUGAAUGUGAAAAAGUUUUAAUUUUCUGGAAAAAUUAAUCGAAACAUUUUUCCCCCAUUUAUCAUCCCGCAACGAAGCUGCCGAAGUCAUCACUCUACUUAUAAGAAUUAUUGAAAAAGUAUUCCUUUUUUUUACUGCGGUUGUUUAAUUUUACAUGUUGUUUAGUGUAAGUUUUGCAUUUGCGUCUUUUGUUAAACGUUGUGUGCCAAAAGGAAAACAAAUGAAUCAAAAAUCUUGAAUUGAUUAUUACAAAUUAUUGA